AUGGCACAGUGGGAGAAGCUGAGAGUGUUAGGAAAAGGCUCGUAUGGAACUGUGUAUCUUGCUACUGUUUUUGUUCCAGAAGAACAAAAUUUAAAGCUUGUAGCUGUGAAAAAUUCAAGCCAUUUUCUUUUCUCAAUUGCAUCAUUGCAAAGGGAGAAAAAUAUAUUGGAGUUAUUAAAGGGAUGUAAGGAAAUCAUUCAGUAUUAUUUCUAUCAGUACACUCUUGAGAGAGGUUGUGUUACUUACAAUCUUUUCAUGGAAUUUGCUCCUUAUGGUUCUCUCACUGAUUUGAUAAGAAACAGGUCAUUGUCAGAGAAGGAAGUGAUAGUUUACACACGCAUGAUUCUGAAGGGACUUGCUGAUAUUCAUGAAAAAGGAGUUGUGCACUGUGAUCUCAAACCAGAUAACAUUCUGCUGUUUCCUGCAUGUGAUGAUCAUUCAGAGUAUCAACUAAAGAUUGCUGAUUUUGGAUUGUCAAAGACCAAGGAAGAAGAAGCAGAAGAAGAAGAAGAAGAAGAAGAAGAAGAAGAAGAAGAAGAGACAAAUGUUGACGUUGGGAACAUCAAAUUUAGAGGUACACCUUUUUACAUGUCUCCGGAAUCACUCAUAGGUCUGGUUGAAUCAUCCUUGGAUAUAUGGUCUCUUGGGUGCAUUGUUAUUGAGAUGAUCACUGGAUUUCCUGCAUGGAGGAAUGUGCAAACCAAAGAAGAACUCAUGUGGAAGCUUGGAUUCCUUCAAGAAGCACCAAAACUACCUAAUGGACUUGGUUGGGAUUGUGAAAAUUUCUUAAGCAAGUGUUUUGUUAAAGAUCAUGUUCUCAGAUGGAGUGCUUCAAUGCUUCUUCAUCAUCCUUUCAUUCAAAAGGUAUAUUCAAUAUCUCCUAUGUAUAAUGCUUCAUCAUUUUUCUCAUAUGAUGUUUGUUAUGUAUGA